AUGAAUGCCCGGAGUUUGAUGAAAAAUGCUCGAGAGGCCUUCAAAGGAAAGCCCUAUAGGAUGUUCACCGACGUGGGGGAUCUCAUCGUCAUUCCCUCCCAGCACGCUGACGAAAUUCGCAACGAACGCUCUCUGGAUUUCCUCAAAGUCUUUGUGGAGAAUUUCCACCCCAACAUUCCCGGGUUCGAGGGCUUCACUUUUGACGGCCGAGAAGACCAUCUCCUCCACAGGACUAUCAACAAGAAGAUUACCAAGCUGCUCAAUGAGAUAACUGCGCCUCUGUCACUGGAAGCUGAUUAUGCCACACGUCUUAUUCUGGGUACUUCGACAGAAUGGCGAGAGAUUCCCUUCCAGGCAGCACUUCUCGAUCUCGUCGCCCGAUUGUCCUCGCGCGUGUUUCUUGGCGAUGAGCUCUGUCGAAACACUGCGUGGAUCAAUAUUACCGGCUCUUACAGCAGAAAUACUUUCUUAGCCGCAGAACUGCUUCGGCAGUACCCUUUAUGGAUUCGCCCCAUCGCAUGUUACUUCAUUCCACAAUGCCGACUGCUCAAGGAGCAAGUUGCAGAGGCGAGGCGUGUCUUGAAUCCGGUGCUGGAAAAACGUCAGCAUGAGAGAAAGUUGGCUUUGGCAGAAGGGAGAAUCGCACCCUCGUAUAAGGACGCGAUUCAGUGGGUUAUGGAGGAGUCACAGGGUAGUCCUUUUGACCCUGUCGGAGCCCAGCUUGGCCUCUCAGUUGUGGCCAUACACACUACUACUGAUCUAGCAACGGAGACAAUGCUUCGACUUAUGGAAAGGCCACAGUUGAUCGAGGCUGUCCGUGCUGAGAUGAUAGGGGUUCUCCGGGCAGAGGGUUGGACCAAGUUAGCUUUGUACAACAUGAAGCUUCUUGAUAGCUGCAUCAAGGAGGCACAAAGACUGAAACCCACGACGUCUGCAACGAUGAACAGGAAAGCUAUGGGCCAGGUCAGGCUCUCCAAUGGGCUGGUACUUGAGAAGGGGGACCAAUGUCUAACCGACCUCGGUUCAAUGGUGGACCCCAACAAUUAUCCAAACCCUCUUGAAUUUGACGGCUAUCGGUUCAUCCGAAUGCGUGGAGAUCCCAAGAUGGAUAGUAAGGCUCAUCUGGUGAGCACGUCGGCUGCACAUAUGGGGUUCGGUCACGGUAUGCACGCAUGUCCUGGAAGGUUCUUUGCUUCAAAUGAGGUCAAGGUUCUCCUCUGCCACUUGUUGCUCAAGUACGAUUGGAAGCUUGGAAGUGGAUAUGAGCAUACGAUUCAGGAGUUUGGUCUUUCUUUGUCUUCGGGUGGUGCAGCAAAGGUAUCGGUGGCCAGGCGACAGAACGCAGAGGUCGACAUUGACAAUUUGUAG